AUGACGAGCACUUUGAUUAAGUGUGCGUCCCUGAGACGAGGCAUGCCGAUAGCAAGCCAUGCAUCAACAAUAUCUACUUAUAGAACGACUCCUCUAGCAGCCACAGGGAGCUUGUAUGCACCAAUAUUAAAAAACCAACUAAUACAGCAAGGACAACCAUCACAUCUCUUCCAUACCUCCCAAGCAUCGAAUUCCCGUUAUCCACCACUACAAGUGUCGUUCUCAAAACGGGCCCGUCAGAAAAUAAUAGCUCGUCAAGAAAAGUUGCGCAUGAUAUUGGGACCCAAUGUUAAAAUAAGGAAUCCACUAGCGCCACCACCGCCAGCACCUGAAAAGCUUAUAUUACCAUUUUGGGCUACUAAUACCCAGCCGCCUGCACAGGAGAUUAUACCUGGUAAACCGUGGGACAGUUUGACUCUGUAUAGAAGUAGAUUGCAGCAGAAAAAAGAUGCAGGUUUGCCAUCAUCGGACGGUAGUGACGCAUCAGCAGACAGUAAUAAUAGUAGUACGCCAGUGGCAGAUACUGGUAUUAGGCAGAGAGCCCGCAAAGUAAUAGAACAGGUGACAUCAACAGGUCGCCUGGAACUUCCAUCCCAAGUCAUACCCAAAGCAACGCUUGAAGCUCCAUUACCACCAUCAGCAACACAUCUAGCACCAGCAGAAGGCACUCCUAUACCCCAAGUGUCAACUCUCGCACCACCAUUCUAUGCAUAUAAUCUAACACCACAAGACGUAUCUCUACUCUUAAACGACACACCCCUAGCUACCAAAGAACUAGUAACACAACCCCUGGACGUAACACGACCCAACGUUGACGAACGUGCCGAAAUAGUACGUCGUUUAAUCGCACUCGAAAACCAGGACGCUCAAGGAAUCCGAAAAUUUAAUAUCCGGCGAUGUAUGGAAAUGUUUGGUAAACGGGUUGGUGACUCGGGGAGCUCGGAUGUCCAGGCUGCUAUCGCUACUGUACGUAUACAUGCCAUGCAGGAUCAUUUAGAAAAAUGUAAGAAAGAUAUCGGUACCAAGAGAGCAUUGCAAGCAUGGGUUAGUAAACGUGAAAAGAUGCUUAAAUAUUUGAGGAGGACGGAUUUGCAGAGGUUUGUUGAGACCUGUAAGCUCAUUGGGGUUGAUCCAGAUACUAUAAGGGUGUCAGCUGCCAAACGUAGCAGUGCGAAGAUAUUGUUGCACGUGCAGUAG